AUGGCUUAUGUUUCUAAUCUUACCUGCAUCUUCUCAGCCCUAAUCCUUCACAAUGAUGAGGUCACCAUCACAGAGGAUAAGAUCAAUACCCUCAUUAAAGCAGCUACUGUAAUUAUUGAAUCCUUCUGGCCUGACAUGUUUGCAAAAUCCCUGGCCGACAUCAAUACUGGGAAACUCAGCAGCGUUAUAGGGACUGGUGGACCUGCCCCAGUGGCAGAUGCUCCACCAGCAGGAGGUCCUGCCCCUUCCAGCACCAUUGCCCCAGAUAAGGAGAAGAAAGUUGAAGCACAGAAAGAAGACUGA